AUGAGAAUUACCCCUUCCUGGACUCUGCAAAAAUGGUCCAUUUCCUGGAUAAUCCAGGACGUUCCUGGACUGGCCCUGAUCACUGGCUCGAGUUCGGGUAUCGGUGCGGCCACAGCCAUACUCUUUGCCAAAUCGGGAGCCACUGUUGUGGUGACAGGACGUAACGCCGUGAGAGUGUCACAAGUGGCCAAACAGUGUCGGGAAGUGUCACCCAAUGGUUUGAAAGCGCUGGAAGUGGUGGCAGACGUGACCAGUGAUGAGGAUCUUCAGCGACUGGUAAACACAACUAUCAAGACUUUUGGCAGAAUAGAUGUUUUGGUCAAUAACGCCGGUAUAGGCCGUGGGAGCAAAUGUGAAGACCAAGAUUACAUCGAUGUCUACAAAGUUAUAAUGAAAGCAAACUUGGAUUCCGUUGUCUUCUUAACCCAUAUUUGUGUCAAACAUUUGGAGAAAACAAAAGGAAAUAUCAUUAAUAUGUCGAGUAUUUGCGGCAUUCAAACGGCACAACAAUAUUCAGCCUAUUGUAUGUCAAAGUCAGCGCUGGAUAUGUUUACCAAAUGUAUUGCCGCAGAGUUGGGACCCAAAGGCAUACGCGUUAACAGUGUUAAUCCGGGUGUCGUCAAAACCAACAUUAUGUUAGCGGCGGGUGUAUCGGAGGCCGAGUGCAAUAAGGCUAACGAGACGUACGGCCGACUCUAUCCAAUCGGUCGGUACGGCGAGGGGUCAGACAUUGCACACUCCGUACUGUAUUUGGCUUCAGACGAGUCAUCAUUUAUCACGGGUACGAUUCUGGUGGCCGAUGGAGGACAUUUGGCCGCUAAUAUAUUUAUAAUAACAUAUAAUUUUGCUGGUAAAGUGGCCCUGAUCACUGGGUCGAGUUCGGGUAUCGGUGCGGCCACAGCCAUACUGUUUGCCAAAUCGGGAGCCAAUGUUGUGGUGACGGGACGUAACGCCGGGCGAGUGUCAGAAGUGGCCAAACAGUGUCUCGACCUAUCACCCGAUGGCUUGAAAGCACUGGAAGUGGUGGCAGACGUGACCAGAGAUGAGGAUCUUCAGCGACUGGUGGACACAACUAUCAAGGCUUUUGGCAAAAUAGAUAUUUUGGUCAAUAACGCGGGUAUAGCCCUUCGGUGCGCCUUUGAUGACCCAAAUUAUGUGAAUGUCUACAGAAAUAACAUUAAGACAGACUUGGAUUCCGUUGUCUUCUUAACCCAUAUUUGUGUCAAACAUUUGGAGAAAACAAAAGGAAAUAUUAUUAAUAUAUCGAGUAUUCGUAGCGUUCAGACGGCGCAGCAAUACUCAGCGUAUUGUAUGUCAAAGUCAGCGCUGGAUAUGUUUACCAAAUGUAUUGCCGCGGAGUUGGGACCCAAAGGCAUACGUUCGGUAAAUCAAAUUCCUAUUGCUAUUUACCAACAAUUAAGCCCUGGUGUGGUCAGAACUAACAUCUUGGUAGGGGCAGGUGCUUCUCAGGCCGAUUCAGACCAGGCGUGGGAGCCAUACGCCCGACUCUAUCCGGUCGGCCGAUACGGCAAUGUGUCAGACAUCGCACACGCGGUCGUGUAUUUGGCUUCAGACGAGUCCUCUUUCAUCACCGGUACGGCUCUAGUGGCCGACGGCGGACAUCUGGCCGCUAAUAUUUUAUUGUAUAAAUUGUUGAGAAUGUCAGUAACAUAUAAUUUUGCUGGUAAAGUGGCCCUGAUCACUGGGUCGAGUUCGGGCAUCGGUGCGGCCACAGCCAUACUGUUUGCCAAAUCGGGAGCCAAUGUUGUGGUGACGGGACGUAACGCCGAGCGAGUGUCAGAAGUGGCCAAACAGUGUCUCGACGUAUCGCCCGAUGGCUUGAAAGCGCUGGAAGUGGUGGCAGACGUGACCAGAGAUGAAGACCUUCAACUACUGGUCGACACAACUAUCACUACUUUUGGCAAAAUAGAUAUUGUGGUCAAUAACGCGGGAAUAGCCCUCCGGUGCGCCUUUGGUGACCCGAAUUAUGUCAAUGUAUACAGAAAUAACAUUAAGACAGACUUGGAUUCCGUUGUCUUCUUAACCCAUAUUUGUGUCAAACAUUUGGAGAAAACAAAAGGAAAUGUUAUUAAUAUAUCGAGUGUUCGCAGCGUUCAAACGAGGCAAGAUUUUUCAGCAUAUUGUAUGUCAAAGUCAGCGCUGGAUAUGUUUACCAAAUGUAUUGCCGCAGAGUUGGGACCCAAAGGCAUACGCGUUAAUAGUGUUAACCCCGGCGCAGUCCGUACUAACAUUGCGUACACUUCGGCCGAUGAGGGCGCCAAAAAUGCCUGGUAUGACGAUUACGGCAAACUAUACCCCGUGGGUCGGGUGGGCGAGGGCUACGAUAUGGCUAAUGCUGUGUUGUAUUUGGCUUCACACGAGUCCUCAUUCAUUACGGGUACGAUUCUGGUGGCGGAUGGCGGACAUCUGGCCGCUAAUGUUAACAUUGUCAAAUAA